GUGUCAGACCAAUUCCUGUCCUGAAGGAGGGUAUGCAACCUUCUUUAUUCCCCCUUCACAGACGUCCUUGAGCCCUUGAGACGGAUGUGAGCGAGUUUCUCAGUGCUCAUGCAAAACAACCAUCUAAACAUAACAGAUGACAUCAGCUUGGGCUUUUCAAUUCCUGGAUGGCAGCGGCGUGUUAAUCCAGCCUUCAUCCUGGAUUUCAUAAACUAAAACAAGAGAGCCUGGCAAGAGGACAGCGCUGCUGCUGGGUUGAGGAAAUUGAUGACGGGGAAGCAUGCGGGCAACCCAGUGUAUAAAACUCAUAAACGUGUAGGCAGAGGCUCAGCUACCACUUUGGACAGCUGCUUCCCGCCAGCAAAGACCACGCCGCCCGCGGGAAGCCGAGCCAGAGCCCUCGGGGAAACAUGAAGAGCCUCUUGCUGCUGGCCACGCUCCUGGUCCCUGCGCACCUGGCGGUCGCCUGGAGCGCCAAGUAUGCGGUGGACUGCCCCGAGCGCUGCGACAGCGCCCAGUGCAAAAGCAGCCUGCGCUGCAAGCGGACAGUGCUGGACGACUGCGGCUGCUGCCGGGUGUGCGCCGCGGGGCUGGGCGAGACCUGCUACCGCACCGUGUCGGCCAUGGACGGCGUCAAGUGCGGCCCGGGGCUCAGGUGUCAGUUUUACAGUGAGGAGGAUGACUUUGGUGACGAGUUCGGUAUCUGCAAAGACUGCCCCUACGGCACCUUCGGGAUGGAAUGCCGGGAGACCUGCAGCUGUCAGUCGGGCAUAUGUGACAGAGUGACUGGCAAGUGUCUGAAAUUUCCCUUCUUCCAAUAUUCAGUAGCCAAGUCUUCCAACAGGAGAUUUGUUUCUCACACAGAGCAUGACAUGGCAUCUGGAGACGGCAAUUCUGUGAGAGAAGAACUUGUAAAAGAGAAUGCCCGCUCUCCUGUAAUGAAAUGGUUAAAUCCUCGCUGAUCCUGGGUGGGAUUUCUGAGAGAAGACUCUUAUUUUAAUGAUCAUUCAACACACAGCCAACAUUUUAGGAACUGUCUAGAUUAUAGCAUAUGGACAUGUGAUAUUGGGAGGCCAAGUGUGUGGGUCCGGAAAAAAACAAGUAGGCUACUAACAAUCCAUAAAAUGCAUAUGACUGAACACUCUUAGAUAUUUGUUAAGUAUUUGAAUGCAUAUAGAUUUGUUAAAUAUGUGUUUAUAGUAAUACUGAAGAACUGAAAAAGCAAUUUAGAUAAUCUUAAUGUGGAUGCAGAUCAGCCAAAGAGAGAGCUAGCCAAAGCUGAAGACCAGAGUGAGUCCACACGUCCGUGACUCGGAUGUACAUUGACGUUGGGAUACAGGAUGGAGGGAGAGUUAGGAGUGAGAGAAGGUGGGGGCAGGGUGGGGAAGUAUGACAUUUAGGUCUUCCUUGUGGUAGCAUCAAUAGAAUUUAGUUGUGCUUUUUAUUUACUUGGGAAAAGUCAAAACAAAACAAUCCCUGAAGGAAGUGGGAUGUUUCAAGCUUGUGGGAGGUUGAGUAGCAGCCUUGAACCGAGGCAGGUUUCAAAGGGCUGCUACUCGUCAUGCCCAGGUUACCUUAUCUGAAGGAUGAUUCUGGGACAGAGGGCAAACGUACACUCUCAUAAAUGGUUUUAAAGAAUGCCACCCCAGACUGAGAGAGCUAGGAAGUAUUUUGUCCACUUGGAGGAGGUGUGAAGGUAAAUAUUUAUAUAAUUUUGUAAACAAUUAUGUUAGUAUCAGUCAUCCUCCAUACCCAUACUUAUCACCUUGAGAAGAUGAACAAAAUACUGUUUGUUAAAAUGGGUAGAAUAAAAGUGUAACUCUAUAAGGUUUCCAAACACCUGAGGCAUGGUAAAUUUAUUAUUAAUAAUUAUAGCAAUAUUAAUAAUAAUAAGCAUAAGAAAAAACUAGAAAAAAAUUAGUCAUUACGGAUUUAUAAAGUGUCAGAAAAUGAGCAACAGAAGAAAUUUAUUUAAAAGUAAGUGCAGUGACUUAGAUGAGUUUCAGAUUUAAAGUAGAAAAUACUUUUUUAGGAGGUUUGGAAAAGAGUCAAUUUUCAGUAGGAAACGUCAACUUUAAAAUAUUGUUCAUUUUCUUAUUUUUCUUUCCUUUAAAGUUGGUUGAUAAGUGGAAUUAUGAGUACACUUGGGAGGACCAUAGCACAAACAGGACUGUUGUACUAGAUUUUGUUAGGAAAUAUUUGCAGAAGUAUUUUAUUUGGAGCGAAGAUUAUUUAAGAAUUAUUUCACUAUUUACCUAUAUUUUAUUCUCAAAGUUUGCCAACAGAGUUGUGAAUGUGUGUGGGGGAGGGUCUUUGAAUGUAAGCUGAAUAAGCUGUCAGGAUAUGUUUUAAAAGGCAAAGUUUAUGAUUGUUCAAUUAAAAAAAUAAGACCGC